UCACCCACCGGUCGCCUACCAUCCUCCGGUUUCUCCGACCACAGCCCGUUGCCCGCGGCCUCCGGCGAAGUUUAGUCGCAGCCCCGGAAGCGUGCCAAAGUCCCCUCGAGUGGCAGCGGCGAGUCCAUGGAGAAGGGCCCGGUGCGAGCGCCGGCGCAGCCGCGGGACGCCAGGUACAGCAAUGGGUGCCUGGAGGGGGAGCCGCCACGGCCCGGGCCGAGCCGACCCGCCGAGAAGUCGCCGCGGCCGGAGACCAAGAGAGCCCAGCUGGCGGACGUCUGGAAGGGCCAGCGGCCCCGCAGCGAGGAGGACAACGAGCUGAAUCUCCCCAACCUGGCAGCCGCCUACUCGUCUAUCCUGCACUCGCUGGGCGAAGACCCCCAGCGGCAGGGGCUGCUCAAGACGCCCUGGAGGGCGGCCACGGCCAUGCAGUUCUUCACCAAGGGCUACCAGGAGACCAUCUCAGAUGUCCUAAAUGAUGCUAUAUUUGAUGAAGACCAUGAUGAGAUGGUGAUUGUGAAGGACAUAGAUAUGUUCUCCAUGUGUGAACAUCAUCUAGUUCCGUUUAUUGGAAAGGUCCAUAUCGGCUAUCUUCCUAACAAGCAAGUCCUUGGCCUCAGCAAACUUGCAAGGAUUGUAGAAAUCUAUAGUAGAAGAUUACAAGUUCAGGAGCGCCUUACGAAACAAAUUGCCAUAGCAAUCACAGAAGCCUUGCGACCUGCUGGAGUUGGGGUAGUGGUUGAAGCAACACACAUGUGUAUGGUAAUGCGAGGGGUACAGAAAAUGAACAGCAAGACUGUGACCAGCACAAUGUUGGGUGUGUUCCGGGAAGAUCCAAAGACUCGGGAAGAGUUUCUUACUCUCAUUAGGACCUGAACUUCCCGCGUGUGCUGUGUGCUUUGCAGAUCAUGCCUCUAGUAGCAUUGGUUGUCUGGUCUUAAUUGUUUGUACAGUUCUAUUCUCAAUUGUAGCAGAUGUGAAACUUACUCCUUGUCACUAAUUGUGUUUAAUAAGUAUUUAUUGCAGGUCAAAUAAAAAUAAUUUUAGUAAAGGGGUAGGCCCUCUAUUUUCUUCUUGCCACCAUUUAGUGAUGACAUUCAAGCACACUGCCAAUAGUGUUAAAUUGUAUGUACACCAUCACUGCCAUUCAGAUAACCUGAGGAUGCUGGGAAGGGAGAAGAACUCAUGUAUUUUGUUCAAAUAGUAUGGUAAUUUGGUUCAUAAGCAUAAGAGUGUUGAAAAUGGGAGAAAAUAUAGCCAAUAUACUGCUUUUUCUACUCCCCAAACAAAAAUGGUGUAGUGCUUAAAAUAAUUUAUUGUACAGUGCGCAGUGUUGCUCUGCAAACUCAAAGUCCGACAGGCUCCACUUCAAUCAUGUUUAUUAAACCACCAGUGACACUUUAUUUUUUAUAUAUUUAUUUUUUAACUGUCUACUUGUAACGUUAUUCACCAAGGGAAGGUGAUGAAAUACCUAUGUUUUUGAUUUUAUUGCGAGCUAAAAAGGCACAUUUCUACCUACUAUUCUUUUUAAAACUCAUGUCUAGGGAAUUAGUUCCUGGAAUUGUUUACGAGUGUAUUCUCAUGUCAACAUACAGGGGUUUAGACAUUUAACUCUCUGUGCCUUGAUGAGAAUAUCACACCGUUUAGAGUGUAGAUACCUUUGCCUUUAUUUAAAAGCCAUUAUUUUAUAAGACUUAGUACUGACAUUGAACAUAAAUAGUGCUCAAAGUUCUACCUUUUGAAGUUUCUUGGGAGCUUAUGUUGUGUGUUUCCGGCAGAUGCCUCAAAACUUUUAAAAAAUCUUAUGAAUAGUGUUGCUAAAUAUUCCAGAAACUUUUGAGUGUUCAUACUUUCAGGUAGCUUCCAUGCACAUGAAAGGAUGGAGAACGAACUAAUUGUGGACUCUGCAUUAUGAGCUAUGUCUGUCCAAUGUCUACUGACACUGUAUUGUUGGUGUCUAUGAAAAUGCACCAUAACCUUCUGGAAUUACUGGAAAAUACUGGAAGCUCACAUACUGGUUUCCCUUGUGGUCCACGUGGACCUUGUCCUCAGUAUAAUUGUUUAAGUGGUCCAGGAAGCUGUUGCCUUAUUAAUGAUUAUCUUAAAAUUUCCUCUACUGGGGCAGUGUGGGCCAAAUUAAAACAAAGUAGCCAAACAUCCCUGCAAAAAUGCAAACACAGUUUUUCAUGGAGAAGCUUUUUAUUUGGCUGACAAUAGUGCUCUUCAAAUUUAUCCCAGUACCUUAAGAGUUAACUACAGUGCUUGCUUCAACUUUGGUAGUCCUAUUUCUGCCACUUUGAUGUCCCUUGUUUGGCUUAUGAUGAGACAAAAUGGCAGGGAUUUUUUUUUGUUAAGAACAUUCCCUACUUCCAUUUCUUAUAUUUUUCUAUAUUUGGAUUUUCUAAAGUACAGUGGUGGUAGAUUUUGAGUUCCUUUUAAAAUCAAAGCUAGUAUAUCCAUUAUCCUACUUAAUAUUUAGACAUUUAGAGGUAGACUUAAGCACUCAGCUCAUGUUUGGUAUUUUAAAGUAAAAGCAGGUGUUACUUGGAGGACCAAAGAAAUUGUUAGUAUAAAUUUAUCUUUCUGAGAUCAAUUGUAUUCCUUUUCUAAAUGACACUUUAACAUUCCAUAGAAGUGUUCUCAUAAAAGUCUAAUGUAUUCAGAGGCUGUUGUCUUAUUGGUAAGUGUAAUUAUUUUGCCUGUUUUACUCUGGUCUGCAAUACUUCAAAAUGACCUUUUCAUACCCAUGAACUUGAGUCCAUUUUGGGGACUUUUAACAUUGUGCAAUUAAAUUGUCUAAAUUUUAUGUAUGUGUAUGUAUGUUCCUAAAGUUAAUUCUAUUUAAAUUAUUAAAGUGU